AUGGCCGCCGUGCCUCGAGGUUGCUGCGACGCCGCCGCUGCGGGCACCGUGGUGCGAAGCAUCUUCGUCAACCGGAACGGGGGCGCCGACUUCAAGUCCGUCCAGCACGCCGUCGACUCUGUCCCGUUCGGCAACUACCAGUGGAUCCGAGUUCACGUCGCCGCGGGCGUCUACAAUGAGAAGGUGAUGAUACCUCAGAACAAGAGCUUCAUCCUGCUGGAAGGCGAGGGGAGGCAGCAGACGUCGAUCGAGUGGGCGGAUCACGCCAGCAAUGACACGAGCACCGCCGCCUCCCCGACGUUCGCCGCCUACUCCACCGACUUCAUGGCCCGCGACAUCACCUUCAAGGUCAGCUCCCGUCGCCCCUCCUCGUCAAUGAUCGCCGCACGCGCCGGCCGGGAUUGCUAG